AUGGAUCCCCAGUCCAUUACCCCCUGCGAUGCAUCGCUAUAUGGCUUCGAUGAAGAAGCGCACACCGUGUUGCUGCACACCCUGCAGCAACACCACCAGCGGCUCCGGGUGGCUCCGCAGGACGUCAAAGCAGAGAGUCCAGUGGUGUUCACUGACGUUUGGGUGUCAGAUUUGGCGCUUACAAAAAUGAUGCUACAUGCGGAGAAGGGGGGACGGAUCGAAGUCAUGGGAUUGCUCCUGGGGAAGGCUGUUACUGUUGAACCGACAGAUCCGGCGCCUCAUUUUAGCGAUUCUGUUUCGUUCGUUGCUCCACCCAAAGAUGGGGACGUCCGCGAGCAGAGCUGCGAUCCAGCGUGCAUGCAUGCCGAAGGGGAUGGCGGAGCAGAAGCAGGCAGGCAGAUAGAAAGGCGGAGGGGUUACUUUGUGGUGACGGACUGUUUUGCGCUUCCUGUAGAGGGCACGGAGACGCGAGUGAAUGCAGCUGAGGAUGCUAACGAAUACAUGAUCCAAUAUCUAGAGGAGGCAGAGAAAAUCCCAACACCGCAAAAAGUUGUCGGCUGGUAUCACUCUCACCCAAACUACGGCUGCUGGCUGUCAGGAAUUGAUGUCAGAACACAGCAACUGCAGCAGCAGCACCAGGAUCCCUUUCUAGCUAUUGUGUUGGGUGCAUUCCGAACUUUCCUCCCGGGAGAGGAAAGGCGACACAUAGAUGAAAUGGACAAAGCUGAACCGCUGCUUCCCGAAGAUAAAGUUCAUGACUUCGGAGUUCAUUGGCAACACUACUAUCCGUUAAAGGUUCAUUAUUGCUGCAACUCGCUGAGCGCCAAAUUGAUAGAAGGCAUGAAAAAAAUAUCCUGGCCACACAUCCUGACAACCCGGUCUCUCCAAGCGGCGCAGGACCGCGCCACGCAGAUCUCCAGAGUCUCGUCCCUUCUGGAUUCAGCCAAAGAGGCAAUUGCCGCAAGCGAUGCGAUGUCGAGAAUGUACGCAAAGGACUUGGCCAGAACGCGGCAAGUCUGCGUGGGAGGAAACAGGAGUCCGACCCCACAAGAGUCUGGUGACUCAGUAGACAUUUCCUCGGUGAUUUCGCUGCCGGAUGAGCUGAAUCCUCAGACCAAACCCCCAACAGCGACACUGAGGAAUACCGCUGAGGAAGCUGCAGGAGUUGCUCUGCAGGCCAUGGAGGCAUUGGUGGAAACUGCAGCCUUGAGCGCAGCAUACCCCGACAGGAUGAGUUGGGCCGAAAGGCUAAUGGCCGAAAACAAAAAAGAAAAUAUCCCGCUGCCUCUUAGUCAAUCCGACCAUCCGAAUAAGCAUUUCUUGCACGAGGAUAGAGCCGUUAAAGUCGAGCCAGAUGUGAACGGAGCGAUCGAGUAUUACGUAGAAGGCGACGCACGGGUGGAGCUAUAG